AUGGAGCGGGUGAAAUCCCUUCCAUGCUGGGAUUGCAAGGAGGUGUCAGUCCGACCCUUGAAAGAAUUGGUUGAGGAGUUGCAUUUGGGUGAAGGUAGAACCAAUCAGAACUUCAUUGUGGAGGGUGAUGGCUCGCAGCGCUACUUCGUGCGCAUGGGCGCGGACCUGCCUUUCUAUGGUGUCAGCCGUGCCCGCGAGCAGGCAGCUGCGCGUGCUGCAGAGGCAGCAGGCAUCGGCCCUGCUGUGAGGCACACGGAGCCGGACAUCAUGGUGGUGGACUUUGUUGAGGGCUCCCGAGCUUUGACGGAGGCCGACCUCCACCAGGCAGGUCAGGAGGGCCCUGGCUCCAGCUUGUUGCGCUCCGUUGCAGCAACCUUGCGACGGCUGCAUGAGAUCCCGGUGCCGAAGGAGAUGGAGGCCUUCCUGGCCCAGAUUGGUGGCGUGGGAUGGGGUGGACCUCAUCUGGAGAAGUGGCUCAGAUACGCCGAGGAGGAAAGAUAUUCUCGGCUGCCACUGCUGUCGGGUUUGCGGGAGCUGAUUGAGCAGCUGAAUCUGGCUGCAGGACCAAUGGGUCCCAACAAGUUCUGUCACUUUGACCUUUUGGCAGACAACCUGGUCUUGAAGAAAGACACCAUUCUGCUGGUGGACUUUGAAUAUUCUGCACCUGGCCAGCCGCUCAUGGAUCUGGCUGUUCUAGCCAUGGGGUGCAGCCUGACAGCUGCAGAGGAGCGGGCCCUGUUGUCCGCCUACCUCGCGGUGGAUGCUUCAGAAGCGGAGCUUCGCCAGUUCCAGGCCUUGCGAGUGCUUGCAGCCUUGCGAGAGACUUUCUGGGGUGUCACCGCUGAGCUGAGCAAAAGUAGCGCCUUGAGCAUGGAAGAAGCGGUGAAUUACACAGACAUGAGCCUUGGCGUGGCAACGGUGCGGACCGGAAGAACCGGUUCGAGGUGA